AUCGCUUUAUCCACGGGCCAUUGGUUCGGAGACACAUUCCGCCUGCAUCUGAUGGACGUUGUAGACUGGUCUGGCAGCAGCUGGACUAAAACGCUUUGGCCAUGCCAUGGUUGCCGGUCUGGAUUAUAUCGUCCCCAAAGCCCCAUUGCUAUCCACAGCCUUCCCAAUAGCGCAUCAGCUGGCAGGCGUUCAUGCCCCGAUACAUGUUGACGAGGGGUUAAUCUACCACGGGGGGGCUUACUGCAUUGGUCCCCAUCAAGCUGCGCAAGGACGGAAGUAUCCUCUGGCACUUCGAGAUGAGGUGGAAUUUACUGCUCAAAAUUUCCGAUAUCAAGUGCAUGAAAAGGCGCUGGUACCAGAGACGGGCCUGGUUCCAGACUGAAGACCUCGAGUUGCUGCAGUCGGCCCCGGCAUUGAUCAGAUGAGUGAUCGAGCAGAAUAAAGUACCAGGUCCUACGAUAGCUCGCAUAAUGCUUAAGAGGAAUACGUAUUUUCUGCAAAUGCUGAGCAACA